AUGGAGGCCGAGGAGCUCCAGGAAGAGCUGAGCUGCCCCAUCUGCCUGGACUUCUUCAACGACCCGGUGUCCAUCGAGUGCGGCCACAACUUCUGCCGCCGCUGCCUGCGCCGCAGCUGGACGCCGGCGGACGGGCUGUUCCUGUGCCCCGAGUGCCGGCAGCCGUCGGCGCCCGGCGCCCUGCGGCCCAACUGGGCGCUGGCGCGGCUCACGGAGAAGACGCGGCGGCGGCGCCAGGGCCCCGUGCCGCCCGGGCUGUGCGGCCGCCACUGGGAGCCGCUGCGCCUCUUCUGCGAGGACGACCAGCGGCCCGUGUGCCUGGUGUGCCGGGAGUCCCAGGAGCACCAGGACCACGCCAUGGCGCCCGUGGACGAGGCCUUCGAGAGCUACCGGGAAAAACUUCUCAUGACUCAGUGUAAUCUAACGGCCAAGAUGAAGAAAGCCAUGCACUUACAGGACGUGGAAGUGAAGAAUGCUGCAGCGUGGAAGGACAAGAUGAAGAACCAGAAAUUGAGAUUCAGUGCAGAAUUUACGAAGCUGCAUGACUUCCUGGCCGAAGAAGAGCAACUGUUUCUUCAGAAGUUGAGCAAAGAAGAAGAAGAGACUAAGAAGAAGCGGACUGAGAACACAUUACGGCUCCAUCAGAUAAUCACUUCCCUGAAGAAGCUCAUCUUAGAGGUGGAGGAGAAGAGCCAGAGCUCCAUCCUGGAGUUGCUUCAGAAUCCAAAAGAUCUUUUGACCAGGAGUGAGAACCAAGAUGUAAACUACUCCCUUGAAGUCCUGGAGGUGAAGACUAUGUGCCAUAUACCAUUGAUGAAGGAAAUGCUGAAGCGAUUCGAAGUGGCUGUCAGUGCGGCUGAAGACACAGGUCAUCCCCAACUUGUCUUCUCCCAGGAAGGGAAGUAUGUGAAAAAUGGAGCUCCCGCCAAUUCUAGGCCAUUACUUUCUUCAGCAUGGAACUACUUCACUGGAUGGAGGAAUUCCCAGCAGAGCACACACUUUGUAGAGAGAUUUCAACACUUACCGUGUGUUUUGGGGAAAAACAUUUUCACUUCAGGGAAACAUUACUGGGAAGUGGAGAACCGAGAUACCCGGGAGAUUGCUGUGGGGGUGUGUCAGGAGGACAUCAUGGGGAUUGUUGAUAACGCAGAAAUGUCUCCUCACUUGGGCAUCUGGGCUAUUUGUUGGAGUCCUGCUGGCUUUUGGCCCCUCACAGGCUCCUCUGUAAAUCCUGUCAAGCUAGAGUCAGCUCUUCACCGGGUGGGCAUUUUCCUAGAUUAUGGGGCUGGGGAUAUCUCGUUCUACAAUGCUGUGGAUGGAAUGCACCUACACACUUUCUCUUGUUCUUUUGUCUCAUGUCUCCGGCCGUUUUUCUGGUUGAGCCCGUUAGCAUCUUUAGUCAUCCCACCAGUGACUGGUGGGAAGUGA